AUGGGUUCUCUUCUUAUUGAUAUAGGUUAAUGUGGAAAUUAAAUAGGACUUUAACUUUUGGAUUAUUUUGAUUAAACAUCUGGCUAAUAUGAAGAUUCAUAUUUAAAGAGAUAAGACUAUAAUUUAUACCAUUCAAUUCAUAUAGAUACUGAACCUAAAAUAAUAAAACCAAUAACAGAAAACAGGAAGAAAUAUUCAUAUAUAAAUUCAAAAAAUGUACUUUAUUUAUAAAAUGGACGCGGUAAUAAUUGGUGUUUAGGUUAUAUGGACGAAUAAAAGUUAAUAUAAAGGCAACAAUAAUAAAAAAAGGAUGAAAUUGAGGUUAAAUUUAAUAAAUUUUCUGAAAAUAAAAUUUAAUAUAAAAAUGUUUAAAAAAUAAAUGUGAAUAAUAAUAUAUUAAAAGAAAAUACAUAAAUGAUUGAAAAUUCAACAGAAAUAAUUCGAAAAGAAAUUGAAAGAACUGACUAUUUUAUUGGAAUUAAUAUGAUUUCAAGUAUUGGAGGAGGUACUGGGAGUGGUUUUGGUUCUCGUUUAUUAUAAGAAAUGAGAGAAAUAUUUGAAGAUAUAGAAUUAAUUAAUACUAUAGUGUUUCCAAAUAAAUCUGGAGAAAGUACUCUAUAACAUUAUAAUUGUGCUUUAUCGUUAUCUUAUAUGUAAGAGUAUUCGGAUUGUAUAAUUUAUUUUUAGAAUGAUAAAAUUAACACCUAUUUAAAUUAUUCUUAAAGUAAAAGUGUUGAAAAAGUAAUUGAUUUAAAUAAUAUUAAUUAAUAUAUAGCUUCUAAUAUAUUAAAUUUAAUGAGAAUAAAUGACUAUAAAAAUUUUAAUAGAUUUUAUUUUGAUAUUUUGAUGGAUACAGCUCCAAUGAAUGAUAUGAAAUUUGUUGAAAUUUAUUCUACACCAUAUUAUUAUAAUAAAACAUAAAGUACUGGACCUGAAUGUAAAUGGGAAAAAACACUUGAUUGUUUACUAUCUUAGGUUAACGUAGAUUAUUAAAAUUAAAUUGUUUCAACAAAAGAUAAUGAAGAUAAUUGUGGAUUUGAAUAUGAUUUUAUGAAAAAUGAAUAGAAAAAAGAUGUUUCAAUAACUACUUAAUGCAUUUUGAGAGGAGGAGAUGUUUAAAAAAAUGUAAAACAAAAUGAAAGUCUAAUGAAAUAUAUUAAUAGGAAAAUUGUUUAAACUUUUAAUCCAGUUUUAUGGAAUUGCGAUAAUAUAAAUUACGAAUAUAUAAAUGAAAAAGCUAAUGAAGGAAUAGAUUAUAAAAUGAUACUCGCUAUUAGUAAUAGGUCUAAUAUUGCUGGAAUUAUAUAAAAUAUUAAUGAUAUUGCUUAAUAAAAAUUUAAGGCAAAUGCUUAUUUACAUUGGUAUUAUUAAUAUGGACUAGAAAGAUCAGACUUUGAAAAUUCCUUUUUAGUUUUAGAUAAUAUUUGUAAUAGUUAUAAUAAUUUAAAAAUAUGA